AUGUACAUGGCCAAUUCGAGUUUUUCGAAAAACAUGGUCAAGGCUGUCAAAAUGACUUUCUCCGUCAUCUUAAAACCCACGGUCCUCGGUCGGAAGUCGAAUCGGUUGAAUCUGUCGGCCAGAUGGCUAGAACCCACGAUGUCUAGACCUCGACCAGUGCCGACGCGGUCGUCGUCGUCUACCUGUUGCACCGUCGUGUCAAUGUGUCCGAGUCUCAUAGCAGACGUGACCGUACUACAAUCGUCAACUGCGAUGGUGGAAGUGGCGGCGGAAGUCUCUGCAGAAGUGGUGCCGGUGUCGCUCAGAUCGGUGGUGUCGUCGUCGCAAGCGAUCGCAUCCACUGAGGCGGACGACUGGUCAGUGGCGAUGGCUGUCGAGGCAUUGGCGAUCGCAGAAGAGGCGGUGGCGAUGGCGGAGGAUGCGCUGGCCACGGCCGAGGGGACGGUGUCUGCUGUCGGCGGCGGGGCAGUGGUGUCGGCUGUAAACACCUCGUCCACCGGCCACAACACAAUGAGUCCUGAGAAAAAAGAACAUUUUCCGUCAGUGCAUUACUUAUAG